AUGGCGCCUCUCGAAGAAUCCAAGUCUCGCACCGAGGUCGAGCACGACAACACGCCGAUGGACGAAAAGGCCGGCCAUGCGGUUGGAAACGUGAAGGAGGUCAAUGCCGCCUCGGUCGCUUUGGCGGCCGCCCUGGCUGAGCAGAAGCCCAACAUCUGGUCGCCAAACAUGCUGAGGCUCUACUUCAUCAUGGCAAUCGGAUACCUCGUCAGUACCAUGAACGGUUUCGACAGCUCCUUGAUGGGUGCCAUCAACGCCAUGCCGCAGUACCAGCAGACCUUUGGCCUCUCCGGCGUCGGAUCCACCACCGGCAUCGUCUUCAUGAUCUACAACGUCGGCCAAAUCUGCAGUUUCCCCUUUUGCGGUUGGCUCGCUGACGGCUACGGCCGUCGCGUUGCCAUCUUUGUCGGCUGCUUCAUCGUCCUCAUCGGUACUGCCAUCCAGACGCCUGCGAAGACCAUGGGACAGUUCAUCGCGGGACGCUUCAUCCUCGGUUUCGGCGCUUCUCUCGCCUCCGCUGCUGGCCCUGCUUACACCGUCGAACUCGCACACCCCGCGUACCGAGGCUUCAUGGCCGGAAUGUACAACAACUUCUGGUGGUUGGGCAACAUCUUGGCCGGAUGGGCAACUUACGGAUCGAACCUGCACGUCCAGAACUCUUGGGCCUGGCGCAUUCCCACCGUCAUCCAGGCCGGUCUGCCCGGCGUCGCAAUGGUCUUCAUCAUGUUCUUCCCCGAGUCUCCACGUUGGCUUAUCUCCCAUGACCGCGCCGAAGAGGCCCUCGCCAUCCUAGCAAAGUACCACGGCGACGGCGACGUCAACUCGCCCAUCGUCCAACUUCAGUACCACGAGAUCAUGGAAGACAACGCCGCCACCAAGGACGAGAACCCCUGGUGGGACAUGCGCGAGCUCGGAAACACCCGCGCCGCCCGCUACCGUCUCUUCAUGGUCGUCGCCAUGGCCUUCAUCGGCCAGUGGAGCGGCAACAACGUCGUCAGCUACUUCAUGCCCGAGAUGUUCAAGCAGGCCGGAAUCAAGGACGACAAGACCCAGCUCCUCCUCAACGCCAUCAACCCCAUCUUCUCCAUGCUGGGCGCCAUCUACGGCGCCUCGCUCCUCGACAAGCUCGGUCGCCGCUUCAUGAUGAUCGCCGGUCUCCUCGGCUCCCUGGCCGCCUACGUCAUGCUCACCGGCUUCACCGCCGGCUCCGAGACCAACAAGAACCUCUCCUACGGCGUCAUCGUCUCCAUCUACGUCUUCGGCAUCUGCUUCGCCUGGGGUUUCACCCCCCUGCAGACCCUGUACUCGGUCGAGUGCCUCGAGAACCGCACCCGCGCCAAGGGCUCCGCCGCCUCCUUCAUGUUCCUCAACGUCGCCAUCAUGAUCAACACCUACGGCAUCUCCGUCGCCAUGGAGAAGAUCGGCUGGAAGCUGUACCUCGUCUACAUUGGCUGGAUCUGCAUCGAACUUGCCGUCAUCUACUUCUUCUUCGUCGAGACUGCCGGCAAGACUCUUGAGGAGCUCAAGUCCAUCUUCGAGGCCCCCAACCCCAGGAAAGAGUCCACCAAGAGGACAAAGGUUGCCGUCGACGAGGCCGGAAACGUGAUCAACGUCGGCGAGACCACGUCGGGCAUCUAA